GCCCUUUUUUUCUGCCGCUCUUUAGCUUUUGGUGUCCACAUCGCUCUGUGACGCGCAAUCGCAUCUCCCCCACAUUGAUCAUUGACCGUUGCCGGACCCUGUGCCAUCAGACCAACCGCAAGCCAGCCCGCGCCCGCGCCCCCCCAAACGGCUUACCCAGUCUAACCACCACACAUUCGCUCUAUCUCUCUUUCCCUCUACCUGUCCUCCCCGCACACACACAAGGCACAAUGCGCGUCUCAUCAGGCAUCCUCCUCGCCCUCCCGGCGCUUGCUAUCGCCGAGGAGCAGCAAAUCCCCAUCCUCGACAAGGUCAAGGGCUUCUUCAACAAGGCGUCUGCUGCCGUGUCCUCUACCAUCUCGGCCUCAAUGCCAUCGGCGCCAGUCGAGGCAGCAGCCAGCGAGGCAGCGGCCAAGGUAGUCGAGGUGGUCCAACACCCGUUGACUCUGGAGAACUGGAAAGAGGUCUUGACAGUCGACCCGACCGCCAGCCCGCCCACCACCCAGGACUGGCUUGUCUUCACCACAGGCGGCAACAACACAUGCUUCGGCCUUUGCGGCAACGCCACCAAGGCCUGGAAUGCCUCUACCCCCUUGAUCGCAGCCAUGCCCAACGCGCCCAAGCUCGCGUACCUGGACUGCGAAACCGAGGGUAUUCUGUGCAACUCGUGGUCCAUUCACGCGCCGUCGCUGUACCUCUUCCAGAUCCCUAAGCCGCUCCCCGACCAGUCGGCGCCUGUCCCUGUCGCUCGCUACCAGGCAUUGAACCGCACUACCACUACUGCGGAGACGAUCAAGAAGCUCAUUGUCGACAAUGAGAUUGCUGAGAUUGAGCCUUACUGGGGCCACUUCCACCCCUUCAAUGGCACCAUGCAGCAGUACAACCUCGCUGUCCCGUACGGCUACUUCACCUAUGGUUUCUCCAAGAUGCCUUCGUGGCUGCCCAUGAUCAUCAUCUCGUUUGUCAGCAGGUCUUUCAUGGGCAACCGCAUGGCCGCCGGACCCACCCCCGCCCAACGAGCACCACGGUAAACAGAUAACCUCCCAUAUACCUAUUGGCUUUUAUCCUCAGCAGAGGGUGAGCUUGAGCCUUGUUUGCGAUCCCACAACACUCCUUGGGGUCGAUACGAUAUCCAGAUAACUAUCUUGUAAUUGGAUCUCUUCCUAGAACGAAUUACGCGUGUCUUUGAAAGGACAUGUUGAGAAUGCUGGUGUUAUAAAAAGAGGUGUACAGGAGAGACUGCAGCAGUAUUGAAGCGAGAAGAUGCAGUAAUCAAAGCAAAAUUUCAUGUGCGAUUCAUUACCCUGUCA